UCGCUGGGUUACACCUCCAAACACACACACACACACACCUCAUUUUGCGGCUGCCUACAGGCCUGGGAAACUCAGCUCUGUAUGUGCUGCCUCUGGGGAGAGAAAUGGUGCCACGGAAAAGCCAACCCCAAGUUCGGAGUAAAGGCGGCAUGCGUGCAGCGAAGCCCUUCUUUGCAGAAGCAACUCUGAGCCCGGAGCGCUCUUCCCCAUGGCGAGGGACGAGGCAAGCAGAGGGUUAAGGCAAGGGAGUGGAGUUUCCUAGAGAAGCUGGCAAGAAGCCUUCCGUGAGGACAGUCCGCCUCCCCUCCCUCCAAAUGCAGCCUUGGCUUUAGAGAUCUGGAUGGUCCUCUAAUGAUCGUCCUUCACCAUGACAACCAAUAUGGAGGUGCUGGCUCAGCAGAUAGUGGAGACACAGCAGGUGGCUGAGGUGCAGACUGUACAGACAACAUUAUCUGAAUCUCCAGUGAUGACCAGCCCCUCCCAACGCAUCCAGAUCAUCUCCACAGACUCCUCUGUAGCUUCACCACAGCGAAUUCAGAUUGUUACAGAUCAGCAGACAGGACAGAAAAUCCAAAUAGUGACAGCAGUGGACUCUUCAGUAUCCCCAAAGCAACAAUUUAUAUUGGCUAGUCCAGAUGGAGCAGGGACAGGGAAAGUGAUAUUGGCAGCACCUGAGUCUUCUAAUACUAAGCAACUUAUCUUUACCACCACAGAUAACAUUGUACCAGGCAGAAUACAGAUUGUGACAGAUUCUGCCUCUGUGGAACGUUUGUUGGCUAAAACUGAUGUCCAGAGACCACAAGUAAUAGAAUAUUGUGUUGUCUGUGGAGACAAAGCAUCAGGUCGUCACUAUGGUGCUGUCAGUUGCGAGGGAUGCAAAGGCUUCUUUAAAAGGAGUGUGAGGAAAAACCUGACUUACAGUUGCCGUAGUAACCAGGACUGUAUCAUCAAUAAACACCAUCGGAAUCGCUGCCAGUUUUGUCGGCUAAAAAAAUGCCUCGAGAUGGGAAUGAAAAUGGAAUCUGUACAGAGUGAAAGGAAGCCUUUUGAUGUGCAGCGUGAGAAACCAACCAACUGUGCUGCUUCAACAGAAAAAAUCUAUAUCAGAAAGGACUUGAGAAGUCCUCUAAUAGCAACCCCGACUUUUGUAGCUGAUAAAGAUGGGACUAGAUCAACUGGCCUUCUUGAUUCAGGGAUGCUUGUGAAUAUUCAGCAGCCACUAAUACGGGAUGAUGGUACAGUGCUCCUGGCUACAGACUCUAAGGCUGAGACAAGUCAAGGUGCCUUGGGAACACUAGCAAAUGUUGUAACAUCACUUGCCAGCCUCAACGAAUCACUCAAUAAUGGAGACACGACUGAAAUCCAGCAAGAAGACCAAUCUGCAAGUGAGAUCACUCGGGCAUUUGAUACUUUGGCUAAAGCACUUAACACCACAGAUGGUACAGCAGCUCAGACUCUGGCAGAUGGGAUGGAUCCCGCAGGUGGUGGGAAUAUUCAUGUCAUCAGUAGGGAUCAAUCCACGCCAAUCAUUGAAGUUGAAGGGCCUCUGCUUACAGAUACUCAUGUGACAUUUAAGUUAACAAUGCCUAGCCCAAUGCCAGAGUACCUAAAUGUGCAUUACAUUUGUGAAUCAGCAUCCCGGUUACUCUUCCUUUCCAUGCACUGGGCUAGAUCGAUCCCUGCUUUUCAAGCACUAGGGCAGGACUGUAAUACAAGCCUUGUGCGUGCCUGCUGGAAUGAACUGUUUACUUUAGGCCUUGCACAAUGUGCUCAAGUGAUGAGCUUGUCAACUAUUCUGGCAGCUAUUGUUAACCAUCUGCAGAACAGCAUACAAGAAGAUAAACUUUCCGGAGACCGAAUAAAACAAGUGAUGGAACACAUCUGGAAACUUCAGGAGUUCUGUAACAGCAUGGCUAAGCUUGAUAUUGAUGGAUAUGAAUAUGCUUACCUUAAAGCUAUAGUCCUCUUUAGUCCUGAUCACCCUGGGCUGACAAGUUCCAGCCAAAUAGAAAAAUUCCAGGAGAAAGCUCAGAUGGAAUUACAAGACUAUGUUCAAAAAACCUAUCCAGAAGAUACUUACAGGCUAGCCCGGAUUCUGGUUCGGCUGCCCACACUUAGACUGAUGAGCUCUAGCAUUACUGAAGAACUCUUUUUUACCGGGCUCAUUGGAAAUGUUCCAAUUGACAGCAUCAUCCCUUAUAUCCUAAAAAUGGAAACAGCAGAGUACAAUGGCCAGAUUACAGGCUCAUCCUCCUAGAAGAGAUCGACACAUCUUGAUGGAUCUGAGUAAUCAUAACUCACUAAUUGACUUAAACAACAUGAACAAAUAUCUCCAACAUGGUCCACUUUCUUGUUCAAAUUAUUUUUGUCUGUAUACAAAUACAAUUUUUUUUAAGGUUUUACAAGGACCCAUUUCUGGCAAAAGGAAAAUUUUAAAGCCUUUUGAUGAAAAAGCUACAGUGAAUUCAGAGAAAUAAAUAACUGUCAACAUGCUUUUUUUAAUUUAGAAAUGAUCAGUGAGCAAAAAAGAGUAUAUAAUGUCUGAAUACUAAUUUAAAAGGACUAAACUGAGAACAUUGACUUGGAUCCAAAGAACCAUGCAUGGAAUUUUGCUCGUUUAAAGGGGCUUUCCUACCUCCCUUCCCUUUGCAGCCUCUUGUGUCUGUUCCUCACCUAGUCACUCCCAAGAGUCACAUGACCCUACAGAAUGGCAUGCAUGGUAGCACAGGGGAGGAGGAAUCAGCAAAACACUUACACCCUUGCUCAAAUUCAAGUGUUUUCUGUGCCUGCAGAGAUUUCUUUGUAUCCAAGUUGGUAUGUGUAUAUAUAUAUAUAUUUCAAAUCUUGGAAUUAAUAUCUAGAAUUACCAGAAUACAGUGAUAUUAGCACUUUCAAAGCACUUCUUGUAAAAGCUAUGACAUCGUUGUCAUCCUUGCUUAUAUGAGCAGGGUAAAUUGAAAAAUAGCAUUUUAACAUAUGCUAGUGAUUUCUAUGAAAACGUGCAGAGCUGUUGGAGACAAUCAUUUAUGCUACAAAUUGUAUAUGUUUCUUAGUUAUGUGAUUCUUUCAAGGAGAUUUCAAUACUAUUUGAAAUUAACUGCUAAAUUAUUGUAAAUGUUUACAGCAUAAGUGAAACAUUGUGUUUAUGGCUCAGCUGUCAGCAUCAUAGAUGCUGUAGAAGUUAUUCACACUGGAAAACAGCGUACUAACUCCUUGCCUUUGUAAUGAGAAACCUCUGAAGUUUUUAGUACCAACUCAGUCAGUACCAGCCUGGAAUUGUUUACCUUAAAAUGCUGUACUAUAAUAUGCUUCUUUUUAUUGUGGCACAUCAGUUAUUAAGCAGCAGGGGUGUUAUUUGGUUUAGUUACAGCCAUGUGCCCUUCAGUACUUAAGUAGACAUUGUGAUUUUGAACUCAUUCCUUCUGCCUGAGGUUUAAAAAGGCUAUGAUAUAUCACAGUGUCCAGUAAGAUGGCAAAUGCAGAAACUGAGGUCCCAUCUUGUUCCUAAGGGUCAGAAACUCUUAGUCAUCUUCUCAGCUCCCAAUUGCAACCCAAAGUGUUAGCCUAAAUUAUAUUACUACUCGAUACUUGGCAUUUUUCGUUCAUAGGAGUAAAUUAUCUAGUUAUAGGGAAAGAUGUAUAGCCAUGUACUCCAUUUGUGUACAAAUCAUGUGAGUGCCCAAGUGUCCAGGAUUACAUAUGUUUUAGAAGCAGUUUUUUCCACAGCUUCAGAAUUCUUAUAAAUAAUUGUGGUAACUUAGACACUUAUGUUAUUUUAAUAUGGGAUUUCAUUAUUAUGCAGAUCUUAUCUUUAAGAAUGUUCACAUGCACAGCCUAACCUAGGCUAGGGCAGCCCAGCCUGGGUUAGGCUAUGUGUGUGAAGCGCCGGGAGUGAGGUUGCUCCUGGUGCUAAAACCUGCACCAAACCCCACUUUCAAACCCGGUGUGUAGCCGCAGUUAACCUAUGGUUUGCUUAACCUUGGUCAGCAAUCGUCUGGGCAAUUGCUUACAGGUUAAACGACCCCGCCCCCCAACCUGCCACCAUUUCCAGCUGGGAGGCCGGGGGAAGCAGCGGCUGUGCCAAGUGUGGCGGAUGCUCUAACGAGAGCAGCCACCACACUCAUGCCCUGGGGCACCCUGGGAUGCGGGAAGGGGGAAGUACUCCCGCUCCCAGCAUAUCCCUUCAUGGCACCACUGCUUGUGUGGCCGUGUGGUGCGGCGAAGGGGAGGACGGUGACUGUUUAUCAGGGAAGGUAGGCGAGCUCCUGCCUUUCCCACAGCCUGUCAGCUCUUCCCAGCGAGGUCAUAUGUACCACCUCUUUGUCUAGGAAAAAUUAUAUGCAUGAUGGGACCUGUUGCAAGUAUAAGAGAAGCUAAUGAGACUGUAUUUGGAGUUAGAAUAUUAAGAAAUAUACAUUCUAUCGUUGAUUGCUGGCCUGUCGAAGUGCUCUCUAGGACUGACUAUUUUGUGCUAUGUUCUAUGUUGCCUUUAUUUUUCAUAUCUCUAACUGUUGCCAUUCUGUCUUUAAAAUCAUAGUCACAGUAAUCCACUUUAAUCCCACAAAAGGACUUCUUUCUCAGUUUGGCAUUGAUCUGAAAAGCUAUUCCAACAAAAUUGAGUUUUAAUGUCUUUGUUAGCUUUCAGGUGGAGUCGGAGGUCUUUUUCACAAAUCCAGAUAUAAUUCUGUCUUGUAUAUUUGCUCCAAUUGCAAGGGCAUGGGUAACUCUACUACAGCUCUGUGCAGCUUCAGAUCUCUAGCUGUUGUUGGACUACAACUCCCAUCACCCCAGUAGCCGAUAGUCAGGGGUGAUGGGUUUCAGUCCAACAUUACAAGACAGCCAAGGUUGUGCAGCUGUGCUCUAGAACACUUAGUUUGGGAGAGCAAAGGGGUGGCAAAGAACAUUAUUAGGGGAGCGAGGAUUUUGCUAUACAUUAAAUAGAUGUAGAGGCAAGGUAACUUAAGUUACUUUGGCUUUACUUUCCAAGGUAACUUUCAUAAGGUAAGUAAACUAACACUUAGUAAUGAUGCUUGCUUGACAUUUUCAAAGUUAUUUAGAAAAUUGUCCAGAUUCCUGUUAGAAAAUACAAAGAUCGUUCUCAUGACCAUUUUUGGUGGGUGGGGAGGGUGCAGGGGGAAGGCAAGAUCAAGCUUACCUCCCCCCCACCCGCCCCCCAGACAAUUUCAUUCACUGUGUGGGACGCGUCACUCACAUGCCCACAUGAUCCAUGCUGUUCUGUGCAACAAAGAUCUCUGGAGGCUGGGAUUCAUUUUACCAGCCUUCAGGAAUCCCACAAUGCAGUUGCGAGCACAGUGCAUUGAGGGAUUGCCUCAGGAGUUGGGCACUCUAGGCGCCUUACUCUGUAUGCUCGCCUGUAUGUAUACUCACAACUCUGAACCUGGAUAAAGGGUGCCCUCAUGCCCUUUAACACAGUUAAAGCCUGGGGUAAAUUCCCGGGCUUGCAGUGAAGGCAGCACCAGGAUCACCCACGAUCCCGGUGCUGCACAUGAGCAGCCAUGCCUAGGCCACGACUGCCCAAGCCUGGGUUUGGUUGCUUGUAUGCACAGCCUCACUGUCUUUCUAGAUCAGGCCAACCCUUCCAGUCUGCUUUCCAGGCUAGUUUUCUCUUCCUAUCCAAGACCAUGUGGCCAGAAGGACUGGGGUUGGAGGAAAGGUCAGUAUCAGGCCAGCUGAAAUCUUCAAGGGAAAUGACCCUGCAGCCCACCGGCAAACAUGGUCUAUCUAGACCAGUUUCUGGCCAGGAAGAAAGCUGAGGGCUUGGCCUGGCUCCUAGGAGGCUGGAAGAUAGGGAUGUGUACAUAUCGUGAUUCGAAGAGCAAUUUGCAGCACAAGCCCAGCACCUUUGAAAGGGAGGAGAACAGGUCCAUACCUGAUCCUCUGCUGCUUGCCACAGCUUCUUGUAUCAGCAGAACUCCCACAGCUACCAUUGUGUGCCGGCGGUCCCCCACCCCCACCCCAGCUGCUCUCGUGUGAGGGCGGCACACACAAGGUCUCCAUGAAACCAUGCUGGCCACACAAAUGACCAUCACACAUGUGCAGAGGCCAUGUGUGUGCCACCAUCGCUCGAGAGCAGCUGAGUGGAGUGCUACUGGAGUGCAGUGAUAGCUGCGGGGGGAGCGCUGCCUAUACAGGAAGCUGCGGCAAGCGGCAGAAGAGCCGGUAUGGACCUGCUUCCUCCCUUUUAAAGGUGCCGGGGCUAUGUUGCAAAUCACUCUUCAGAUCGUGAUUCAUACCGUGUUUCCCCCAAAAUAAGACAGUGUCUUAUAUUAAUUUUAGCCCCCAAAAAUGCACUAGGGCAAUUAGUGGUACAUCAGAAAUUACUGCUAGGUCUUACUUUCGGGGUAGGUCUUACUUUCGGGGAAACAGGGUACACAUUCCUACUAGAGGAGUCUCCUAGCUACCUGGCUUCACUGAUUCCUGCUGCUUGCUUUGGGGUAAAGAAGUGAGUGAAUAAAACUUCUUUAAACAAUAGAGGCCUUUUAAAAUAAUUGGAGAAAUUGAAAGUGUGUUGUGCCUUUUCUUUACUCAAUUUGUACUUUAGUUCCAACUUUAAUCCUAAAAUCAUUAGUGCACAUACCGUCAAUAGAGCUGUGAGCAUGAAUGUGUCUUGAAGUAAGGGAAACUGGAUGUCAAAACCAAAAUUAAAAUUGUUUUGUCUUAAUUAAAAAUGACAAAAGACCCAACAUUAUGACUCUACUGUGCUGUUGUUCCAGCUGUAUGGUACUAGCACCAUAAGAAGGGAGUUAUCAGCACUUCCUUGAUGAAACCUCCCUCCCCUCCCCUUUAUUUUUAUGACUUUUAAAGCCUAAUAACUAAUUAUGGCCUAAAUUGUAACAUGGAAAAUGUCUCUCAAAAAAUCGCAGCUACUUGCGUGCAAAAGGAAAUAAUAGAAAUAUAUAUAAAUGCUUCUUAGGAGUGGAACUGAUCGGAAUUAUGUCAAAAUCUGCAAAAGAUAGAAUGUACUGAUUUUGGGGGGUGUGUUUCAUUUUUUUCAUGGUUCUACUUUAUAAUGCUGGGUUGUGUUUUGUAUACUAUCUUGAGCUAAUGGAUUGAUGGUAUAAAAAUGUUAAAAUCCAAUUUAGUAUUUAGAAAAAUACUCGACUUUAGUGUGCACGGCUAAUUUAAAAAAAAUCUAACUUUUAAUAAUAAAACAUUAAAAAAAUUCAGAAUAAUUUUGAGAACCAAAAUAAUUAUAUGAGAGAUCUAGAGGAACAUAUGCCUUCUUCCCCCUAAGUAAAGGCUGUAACUGAAAUGCAUGUUUUACAAAUGUAAACACCAUAGUCAACAAACCGUUUGAAUCAAAUUAGUACAGUUGGCUUCAGUUGAACCACAUUGGUUUAGAUAGUUAUUUCAAUCAGCUGAAUUUUAGCUCAAACUGGGAGGAAUAUAAGUUGGUAACAGAGUAGGAGAAUCAGGCUAAAAUAUUUAUUUUAAACUAAUGGUGUUCAAUGGCUGAUAUAAAGCAUUUCAGUACAGAAGAACCUCAUUACUCGUGGGGGUUCCGUUCCUUGCCUACUAUCAUAUCGAAACCGUGAGUAAUAAGGCAUUUUAACUAUGAGAAAAGGGGAAUUAGGUUCCAAAGUGGAGGGAAAACAUGAGGGCGGGGAAGGCAAAAUAACUUACUGUGACAUGCUCCAUGGGGUUUGUAUGUGCCCAGGAAUGCCCCCAUGUGCCCAGGAAUGCCCCAAAAUGCCUCCCAAAAUUGUGGGAGAAAGUCAAUUUUUUAAAAGGAAGGAGCCACAAAAUGGCUCCCAAAGACAAAAUGCUGGGCGGAAAUGACCUCUGUGGUCACUUCCAGCCCUCUAGGAACUGUGGAUUCAUGAGUUUUAACCCUUUCAUAUCCACAGAUACAUAAAACGGGUGUCGAUGAGACACCCAUAAAUAUGCGGAACCAAGGUUCUACUGUAGUUGAUUUCCCCCCUAUAAAGCACGUGCUUUGUGGUUCUCUGAUUAUUCUGCUCCCAUCUAAUACAACUUGAAUGCCACUAACAAAAGAUAUUGUAAUGGUUCACUGCUACAACAGAAACAGAUGGAAGAUCCCACAGCUUUGAUUGAUUGAUUGAUUGAUUGAUUAAGUGCCGUCAAGUCAGUGUCAACUCUUAGCAACCACAUAGAUAGAUUCUCUCCAGGAUGAACUGUCUUCAACUUGACCUUUAAGGUCUCUCAGUGGUGCAUUCAUUGCUGUCGUAAUCAAGUCCAUCCACCUAGCUGCUGGUUGUCCUCUUCUUCUCUUUCCUUCAACUUUUCCCAGCAUUAUGGAUUUCUCAAGGGAGCUGGGUCUUUGUAAUGUGUCCGAAGUAUGAUAGUUUGAGCCUGGUCAUUUUGUGCCUUGAGUGAAAAUUCCAAUUGAUUUAUUCUAUGAUCCAUUUGUUUGUUUUCCUGGCUGUCCACGGUAUCCUCAAAAGUCUUCUCCAGCUAGUGGUGUGCACGGAACCGUGCCUCCGUGGUUCGGUGCUGGUGUGUGUGUGAUUCUUUAAAGGCAGGGGGUGCACUUAGCCCCCCCCCCACUGCUUUCCCCCGCCAGCGCUCCUUUUUAAAAAAACUUCUUGGUGUGGCAGUGUGCCUCCCUGCCGCUGCAGCCCCCAUUUAUGGCAGGAAGUGGACAUGUGCACACGCAUGGUACUUCUGGCUGAGGGCAGGGGCAGUAGGGAGGUCCAUUGCUGCCCCCCAAAGUUUUUUUUUUUUAAGGAGCACCAGCGGGGGAAAGUGGUGGGAGGGGUAAGUGCACCCCCCACCCUUAAAGAACCAACACCCACCCCCCGGCACCAAACCUUCAAACUGCACCACGUUCGAACCAGUUCGGAGGCCUCUACAGUGGCCUCCGGACCGGUUCGUGCAUAUCCUUAUUUCCAGCACCAAAGUUCAAAAGUGACAAUACUUUUUCUGCCCUGCUUCUUCAAGGUCCAGCUUUCGCAUCUAUGGAGUGUCAUGGGAAAAACCAUUGUCCAAACGAUUCUAAUCUUUGUAGGUAUAGACAUGUCAUGGCAUCUAAAUAUCCUUUCCAAGGCCUUCAAUGCAGCCCUACAGAGUUGUAAUCUGUGGCUUAUUUCUUGACUGCUGGAUCCUUCACUGUUGAUGGUCAAUCCUAAAAGGCAGAAGCUAUCCACCACUUCAGUGUCUUCAUUAUCAGUUCUGAGGCUGGUUGCUGUGCCUGUUGUCAUUAAUUUAGUCUUCUUUACGUUUAGUCAUUGUCCCAUUUUCUCACUGUGCUCCUUAACUUUCAUUACUAGAGCUUGCAGAUUAUCCACAUUCUCAGCUAUCAGAGUAGUGUCGUCACCGUAGCGCAGGUUAUUGACGUUUCUUUCUCCAACUUUAAAAAUGUGCUCAUCUUCUUCCAAUCCAACUUCCCUCAGUAUAUGCUCAGCAUAUAAGUUGAAUAAUAAGGAGAAGAUACACAGCUUUGUCUUAUUCUUUUGCCAAUCUGGUACCAGUCUGUUUCACUAUGUUCCAUCUAGACUGUGGCUUCCUGUCCUGUGUAUAGGUGAUGUUCUCAUGAGAAACAUUUUCCUAAGCAUAUUCCACAACUUGACAUGGUCAACGCAAUCAAAGAAUUUUCUGUAGUCAGCGAAGCACACAUUGAUUUCUUAUUAUUUCUUAUUAUUUGGCUUUCUCAAUUAUCCAGUGUGUAUCAGCAAUAAUAUCUCUUUUUCCUUGGCCUUCUCUGAAACCAACUUGAACAUCUGGCAUUUCCCGUUCCACGUAGGGCUCUAAUUUGCAUUGGAUAGUGCUGAGCAUUUUUUUGCUAGCAUGUGAAAUUAAGGAUAUAUUUUGUGAUGGAUUGCAUAAUCUUUUAAGUCUCUUUUCUUUAGUAUUGGUAUAUAGACUGACCUCCUCCAGUCUGUUGGCCACUGUGUCAUUCUCCAAAUUUGCUGGCAUAGUUUGGUUAGAGCCUUGACUGAUUCUUCUUCUGUUGCCUGCCAUAUUUCUGUAGCUAUUCCAUCAAUUCCUGUAGCCUUCCGACCUGGUAAUGACCUGAAUGCUGAUCUAACUUCAUCUUCCCAUACUAGAGGUUCUUGCAAGUAGGGAACAGUUUAGGAGAUAUGUAAAGAUUUCUAUAUUCCAUGUUGUCCAAGGAUCGUGACUUAAAGUAAUUCAAGAAACUGACACAUAUGACAGUGACACGGACCAAAUCCUGCAGUGCAGGCAGGUUUGUUUUGUUUUGUUUUGUUUUUAUUAAGAAGCCAUUUUAUAUGGCCAAGGAGAAAAUAACCCAGCAUGGUGGCUUCUUUAAGUAGUGCAGAGUUUGAUUGGCUGCUAUGAUAGGCAUCUGGCCAGUGUGCUACAAGAUGAGUGGCAUUACUGAGAAAAAGCUGAGAAUGAUGUAUGCUAAUUGUUGGAACUCAGUUGAGCCCCUUAUGUUCAUUUGAAUUUUCAGAAAAUAAGUAUUCACCAAGAGAAAUUGCACCAGGAAAAGAGACAUGCAAAGAUGAGUUUAACUCAUUCACCAGUUAGAAUAUGUUUUCUCCAUGUUCUGUUCAGAUAAUGGUGCAAUCAUCAACCCUCUUUAUGUGCACAAGAAAUAGUGCAUUUCUGGCAGAGCUUAGCUUUCUUUUCCUAAUGGGCAGCUGCCACCACUACAUUUCAAGGAACUUUUUUAAAAUUAGGGACAGGCAAAAAGCACUUUGUGAUUCUGCAUGAGAAGUUGCUGUUCAGAAAAAGAAAAUACUUGCUGUGCUUAUAGCUCUCCCUUCUAGACUUCUCUAGCUUGUGGCUAGUACAUUUAAGAACUGGAUGUGCUCGUCUGUAAAACACAUUGUAAAAGAUGACUGAAUCCAUCCAGAAUGUGCCUGCCCUCAGUGUAAUCUGUGGAAAUCCUGCCAUUGGCUUUAACAGCGUCAUGCAGUUCUGAAAUUUGUAAAUUUUUAAACCUGAAAACAUGUUUAUUAAAGUUGCACACCUAGGCAUAUUUUCUUGGAAGUAAAUUACUUUGAGAUCAAGAAGACUUAAUCAAAAACAUCAGCAUUUAAAAUGCAAGAUCUAAAACAUCAGCAUUUAGGGUUUGUCUGCUGCAAAAUUAAAAUGUAGUCAUCCAUUUGAUUGACUUCAGUGGGGCGUAAACAAAGUACUUAAACUUCAGCCUCAAAUCAUGAGAGAAACUUUGUGGCAAAUUAUUACAUACCAUUUUCCCUGUUAUAUAACUUGAGUUACAGGAGAGUUCUGAAAAUAGUUUGCUGUAAAAGGAACUUUGCCAUUUUUAAAGUAUGUCUCUCUAAGUGUUUAUUCAAAAAACAAUUUUUUAUAUGGCAUUUGGGGGGAUUCCUGCCGUGGGUGGGGGUGGGGAGUCCAGAAUUCCAUAAUGCAGACACAAAUGUUUGGGAGCACCUAAAGUAGCACUUUGGAGCCCAGUGAUAUUUAUUCUUGUAUAUGAUGCUGUGUGCUUGUAUAUAACUCAGUCUAGUAUAUAAUGUACAGUGUAAUAUAAAGUGUGCGUGUGUGUAUGUAUGUAUGUAUGUAUGUAUGUAUGUAUGUAUACAGAAAGAAAUAUGUACAGUCAUCUCUUCAUAUAUACCAGAUUUGUAUAUGUUAGCAAGAAAGAUUAUAAAUGCAUUGCAAAUCUUGAGCUUCCCAAAACUUUAUUUAUAGCUCAGACCUGGUAUAAUCAUAUGCAUCUCCACUUUCUUCAUUAGAGUGGGCACUUGUUUCUAAAUACAGAAUGUUUUCCCACUUUGUUUGAAUAUCAAAACAGUCUAAUAAUUCCAGUUUUUAUUUCUCAAUACACAUAAGCCCUGUUGAAUUGACUGAGAGUUGGCAAUGACAGUGGCCAGCAUCCUCCUGUGCUGCUGCAGGCUCCCAGUGAAGUGCCCACAGUGUUGCACUUUUGAUUAGCAAUAAUACACUGAUUUAGCGUGCCUACAUUUUGGAAGCACAAGUAUCGGAAACAGGUUGUUUGGCCCUCAGUCAUAUGUUCCCAAUCUAACUAGUGCUUCCAGAGUGCAGGUGCACAAAUUGAAGUAUUUGUACUCUUAACACAAAAGCACAUCACCACCAGUACUUCACCUCUGAGCUCACAGCAGUGUAGGUGGACUGGCACCGUCUGCAUUAUGCUGUGCUGCCUAUCAGCCAACAUUUGGUGGAUUACCCAUGGACCACAAAAGGUUUUUUUGAUGCGCAAAGAAAGGGAUUUUUCUGUUCUUCUGAAAAGGGUUUUUUGUACAGCCUCCUUUUUCAGCAUUUGAAACUUGAUCACAUAUGUCCCCAAAAGCUGCUAAUUAGACAAGGCUGUCACACAACAACCGUAUGUCAUUUUAUAUUGACUAUCUUGCAUAAGUACAGGGCAAAAUGCAGCAGGUAGUGUCAUAAAUGCCAGUGUCAGCUAAGUAAUAUAUGGUGCUUUAUCUUCUUUGGCAGACAUAAUUAAUUUCUUAAAGGACUGCUAAACCUUUCUUUAAAGUAUAAAAGUAUAAUUUUUUUUAAUGUUUUUGUUUUGAAUAGGGCACAACCCAUUUGCACAACCCAUUUGCAGUUUAGGGCAAGUUUAUUAUGUUAUCAGUUAAGUCUAUGGAAAAUAUUCCAGGUAAACUUUGGAGGGAGAAAGUGUGUGAAUCACAACCAGUAUUCUUUGCUGCCAUGCUUUCCCGAAACCCUAGUUAGUUAUUCUUGCCUUGUCUGCACUUCCAGUUCUCCUUUUCCAAUAGAAAAGCUUUUGACUUCGUGUGUGAUUAUUUGGGUAGCAGUGAUGGUUGAACAUGUAGUGAUCCUAUAACUGGAAGCCAACAUAAUUGUGGACAUGGUUGUGUGUGUGUGUUUGCAAAAGUUCUAACUACUUAUCUUAAAGAAAGAGUAACAUCUGAAGGAGAUUUAUAACUUAUUCUGUUUUAUAACUUACCUAAAAAGUUGUUUGUCCAAAAAAAAAAAAAAAGUAAAGGGCAAAAUUCUUCCUGGUGCAAUAUCUGUGCACAAAGGAAUUCCCUUAAGGUUCAGUUGCGUCCUGUUUCUUCCAUCACCUCCCCACCCCCCACCGGUUUGGUAAUGCACUUAGGUAGGGUUCUAUUGAGCCACAUUAAGAUCCUCCACGCACUGGCAUUGCAUUGCCCUAGAAAGGGUUGUGUUUAGCAUUAAUGGAGAAUGCUACUUAUCUUCAACCUCUCUACAGUUCUCUUGAUAUUCAUAUUGUCUAAGCUUUUUAUUUCUACACAUUGUGUCCAGUAUUACAUAGGUUUAUAUAGAACAUUUUAGAAUAUUAGGCUUGGUGAAAUGGACGGUACUGCUUGUUGAGGUAUAUGCAGUAUAGCAUCUACAUAGUCCUGUAUUUGUAGGAUUCUGGUUCUGAUUGGAGUCCAUUAAGAAUGGUCAAAAUGUGGGACACAGUCCCUGGAGAAGUCCAAUUCAAAUUAUUGGGAACUGCUCAAGGGCACUUCUGCUAAGGCUCUACUUCCUGGUCUGCUGCUUAACAAAUGUAGCUUGUUAUGAAACAUUUGUCUUAAUAUUUCAAGUCUAAUUUGUGCACUUUUGGGUAGGAAAAUUCUAUUAUAAGCCAGUAGAACUUUAUCUUGAAUGAGGUUCUUGUCUAUGUGCAGCACAAUCCUAUGCAUGUUUACUCAGAAGUGAGUCCACAGUGUGGAAUUGAGCUUACUUCCAGGUGAGUGUGCAUAAGAUUGCACUUCAGUUGUCAUGACAAUCAAUAUUCUGCUUUUUAAAUUUUAAGUUGAAUUUAAAUGUGUCAUAUUAUUUUCCCAUUUUAAUUAUUCCUUAAAAGGUUCAGAAAAAUAUUAGUGUUGAUUUUUUAAAUCCUCAAUUAUAAGUCUGUUAAGGAUGUGAUGUUCAUAGCUCAAUCUUUUCUAUUUUGAAAACACAAUAGCAAAUAUAAAUGUUGAGAAAUAAAUUGUGCUAUGUUCAAUGUUUGCUCUUGAAGUAAAAGUAACUUUCCCCCUGUACCGAAAGUGCUAAACUGAUUUUGGAAUCGGCGUCAAUAAAUUACUUAAACUGUUCUAAGAAACAUGUAACAUUAAAACUUGUUUUCUGUAAUAGAAUUUUGAAAAUAAAAUAAAAAGUUAAAUACAUUGAGGGAAUCUUAUUAAAGGGCUAAAGGAGAUGGUUGGAUAGCAUGUCGUCCAAAAGACAUAGGGCAGCAUCCAGACUUGUGCAUGGAAAGAAGGUGUGAUUUUUGCCAGUCCCCACACCCUUCCCUCUGCUGUCCCACAUGCUGCUGAAAAUGUCCCUGGGGGUCCCCCAAUCCUUUGUGUGCAACUCUCAGUCUGGAUGCUGCCCCAUGGAACUUAAGUUAGGCAUGAUUGACUUGUCUCAUUGAUUUCAGUGGUUCUUAGUCAUGACUAGCCUGAAUACUGCCCAGUCUUUUUUAUUUUCAUCAUUCACAGAACUUGUAUGUAUACAGUCACUAAUUCUCAACAAUAUAAGACCGUCAUUCUCGAUAGUUUUAUAACUAGAAAAAAUUCACUCAUCCAUCCAUCCAUUGUACAAUUGUUGUAUCUGGAAAAUCCCUCAAGCUUUGAGCUUUUAUAAAAACUAAUGUGUUUGCCACAAAGGAAUUGUCUGUGAUAAUUCCACGAGGUAUCCCUCUUUUGUAACCUUGUGCUUUUUAUUGUAUAUUAAAAUAUUGUCUGUAUGUGUGUGUUUUAAUUUCAGGUUUUAAAAAUCUGACAAAAGCUAUUGCUUCCUCACAGUUUCUUUUGUAAAAUCAGCAAUGUAAAUGUGAUAGCAUUUAAAAUGGCAUGUUUUUUUAGUCUGGAUUUUUAUAUCUAAUCAAUGUCUUCAGUCAUGAAGAGAAAUUUGCAUUGUUGUGUGUGUAUAUAGAGAGUAUUGCAGUGCAUGCUUAUGCAUUUUAUUAAAUGCUGUCUAAAUGUGGCAUUGUUGUUGUGGCUUAAUAUUGCUACCUACAUGAGGUUUAUACUAUUAAAGUCAAUAAAUACCCUUAUAUGGCCUUCAA